AUGUGGUUCCUGGUUCUGUGCCUCAUCCUGUCUCUGGAGGAGUGUGGUACCCUUUCCUUCGCCCAGCCCAGGAUCAUUGGAGGCUGGGAGUGCGAGAGACAUCCCCAACCCUGGCAGGUGGCUGUGUAUCAUUAUAACAAGGCUGUGUGUGGGGGUGUCCUGGUCCAACCCCAGUGGGUAUUCAUAGCUGCCCACUGCAUUGGCAGCAAAAGCAAGGUGAGGCUGGAUCAACACAGCCUGAGUGCUGAUGAAGAUGCAGGUCAGUAUGUCUCUGUCCGACGCUCCAUCCCACACUCACUCUACAACAUGAGCCUCCGAAAGCUCACAUUUCUCAGCUGGGAUGCUGACAGCAGUCACGACCUGAUGCUGCUUCAGCCGAGUGAGCCGGCCGACAUCACAGAGGCUGUGAGCAUGAUGAGCCUGCCCACCGAGGAGCCGAAGCUGGGGAGCCGUUGCCUGGCAUCUGGCUGAGGCAGCACCAGGCCAGGUAAGUCUGUCAGGGCGAGGACGCUGCAGUGUGUGGAUCCCAACCUCAUGUCCAAUGACGUCUGUAAGAAGGCUUACUCACAGAGGGUGACAGAAUUCAUGUUGUGUGCUGGGCACCAGGAAGGCGGCAAAGAUACCUGCAUGGGUGACUCUGGAGGCUCACUCAUCUGUGAUAGGAUGCUCCAAGGAAUUACAUCAUGGGGUGGUGAGCCCAGUGACUAUCCUAGGAAGUCUAGCUUAUUCACUAAAGUGUCAGCACACAUGAGCUAG